AUGGGAGAGCGUUCGGUUGGAAAUUUUUUAAGAAGGCACGUCUUCAGCGGCCGAGCAAGAUCACGUCCGCCUACACGUCCAGCAGGACAAGAUUGUUUACCAAAAACUAAACCAUCUACAAAGGAGGUGAAGAAGCCCAAAAAUAGAAAUGAUACAUUUAAAGUUGACACUCCGCAAGAAUUAUGGUUUGUAGCCGACGAGAUGUACAUGAUUGGCUCGAAAUUCUCACGGGACUAUUACAUAUCCAAAUUGGAAUCGGAACUUGUUCCAAAACUUUUAUGUUUAAAAUUUUCUAGUUUACUUCAACAAGCUUGGUAACGAUUACACAUCUGAAAUAGCUAGACUCAUCAUCGACAAUUGUGAGUACUUCAAAAAGACAUCAGAGACUUUGAAAGAUCUCAGUUUUCUUGUCGACGUGUUCCACAGCGAUCCAAAUCAUUCAACUGCAGCCAAGAAACUCAAACGUCGAUUGCCGAAACUUUAUGAGUUACAUGCCGCUCAGAACAAUCUGAAGUGGAAGUUUCAAGCAGUUGACUUGGAUAAAGAGGUUUCCAGCACAAAGUUCCAUAUUGAGAUCCACAUGAACACUAGUUCCUAUUUUUUCGGCAUCAAGCUUCUGGGAUGGGAACAAACUUAUCCGCAAAUUCGUAUUUCUGCUCGUUAUGGAUCUCCAAUUAUAGAUCUCUUGAAGUUGGUGGAUAUCAAAAAUGGGAUGUUUGUGCUUGAUUUGAACACUGGAUUAGGAGAAAAUAUUUUGGAAAUGCCAAGAAUUGCGAAAUGCCAAACUAUUGGACUUGUCAAAAGUGAGAAACAAAAAAAUCUUAUCCAAACAAACAUUGAUUAUGCCAAAAGCCGAAAUUUCAAGAAUGAUCACUACAAUCUGGUCUUGGCGCCAUCUUUUGAAAAUUUACCAGAUUUUCUCAAUUUUAAAUCAAUUGACCGCAUUCUUUACCGCACUUCGAAAAAUAUGAGCAUCAAUCAAAUUGAUGAAUUUUUGACUCAAACCUGGAAACUGAUGAAUAAAUGCACUUCUGGUUGUAUCUUCCUAUUCAUUUUCCCAAUUUAUAAAUGUCUCAAGGAUAUGUUCACAAUCGCCUUUGGCGGAAAACGUUCCAAGUUCAAGAUUCUGCUCGCCACAACCUACACCACACUUCAAGGUCAGAAGCAAGUUUUCAAAAUUCUGGUCAAAUAG